AUGGCAGAUCUAACCAACAUAGGCUGCUGUGGCUGCUUUAGCUUUUUAAGAAAGCCCAGUGUGCCUGCACGACAGCCUCCAGAUGCCGAUGGCAUGUUAUCUCAAGAUUUGCUGGAAGAUCAAUCAGCUGAAGAUCCUGAUGGAAGCUUCUAUACUGGAGAUGAUCCUGAUUUAAGAUUUUACAAUGGGAAUAAUCUUGAUACAAGUUUCCUCGAUGGAGACGACCCUGAUAAAAGCUUCUACGAUAGAGAUGAUAAUGACUACCUUGAUGAAAGUGACACUGGACCUCCAUGGAAGAGUUCUGAAGAUAUCAUACAAUCAAGAGCCCAAAGUGGCUUUGCAUGUAGAGAGGUCCCAGUUAAAGAGGCUAAUAAAGUAUUUCGCUCUGAGGAUGAAAAUUGUAAUAAGAUGGUCAAUCAAUAUGUUCACUUGGGAAAGAUUGGUUCUGGGAGCUAUGGUAAAGUGGUUCUAUACAGAAACGUAAAAGAUGGGAAGCUAUAUGCAGUGAAGGUCUUGAAUAAGCCUUACAUGCUGAAAGUGCAUGUUGUACGAUCAGAAACCGCCAUGACAGAUGUUCUUCGGGAGGUAUCCAUAAUGAAAAUGUUAAAUCAUCCCAAUAUUGUAAAUCUUGUUGAAGUUAUUGAUGACCCAAACGUAGAUAAUUUCUACAUGGUUCUUGAGUAUGUUGAAGGAAAAAUUGUUUGUGAUAAUGGUUUAGAGGAAGCUACUGCAAGAAAUUAUGUGCGAGACAUAGUAUCAGGUCUUCAGUAUCUUCAUUCUCAUAAUGUUAUUCAUGGUGAUAUCAAACCAGACAAUCUCUUGGUUACAAGCUCAGGCAAUGUGAAGAUAGGAGAUUUCAGUGUUAGCCAGGUUUUUGAGGAUGAUGAUGAUAUGCUUUGGAGAUCUCCUGGUACUCCUGUUUUCACUGCUCCCGAGUGUUGUCAAGGUUCAGCAUACCAUGGUAGGGCAUCUGAUACUUGGGCAGUCGGUGUAACUUUAUAUUGUAUGAUUUCUGGGCACUAUCCAUUUCUUGGAGAUACAUUGCAGGAAACUUAUGAUAAGAUAACCAAUGAUCCUGUGCAAAUACCUGAUGACAUGAACCCCCAACUUGCUGAUUUGCUCCAAAGGCUUCUCUGCAAAGAUCCUGGGGAACGUAUCACCCUGCAGACUGCGGCAGAGCAUCCUUGGGUUGCUGGGGACAAGGGCCCAAUCCCUGAACACAUCUGCAGGUGUGGCUUUGGCCGCUGGAAGAGAACUGAUUGUCAACAGCGCAGGCCCAGUGGCUUCCGAAGGAGCAGCUGCUGGAACCAGGCCAUCACCAGUUCGGCCCAAGAGACUGAUGAAGCCGAGUGCCAGGGUGCAGCCCAUGGUCAGGAUGAUAGCCAAGCACACCAUCAAGUUGUACAGCCUCCACCCCCACCAGUUUGUGGUCUUGCUCUAGUACUGGAAAGAGUCCCAAGUGUUGUCUCGGGUCCUGCAAGUUCCAAUGCGGGAGUUACAAAUCAAAUGGAACAACAGGUCUUCCUCCAUAGAGCUGAUGAUGUUUCCCUUCUCCCAGAAGAGGUGCGGGUUCUACUAGAGUUACGGAAGAGGCGGCAGUUCGACUAG